AUGCCUGGUUUCGGACUUGGCACUUUAGUGGAUCAAGGGGGGAAUUAUGGAAACUAUGGAGAUUAUUCAAACAGUAAAACAAAACUCAAGGGGGUACAACCCCAGCAAGUGAAUGCAGCCAAGCAAGCACCUACAGAACGUGUCUGUGGGGUAUCCUCAUUCACCCCUCCUGUAAAACUGGCACGCUCUGAUUCCUCUCUGAAGUGCCUGUACACCAACACACGCAGCGUGGGGAAUGAACAGGGAGAGUUGGAGAUCUGUGUGCAGACACAGGGCUUCGAUCUUAGUGCAAUGAAACUUCUUUCUGCAGCUCCGGGAAAAAUUGUUUGUGAGAUGAAAGUAGAAGAGGAGCAUACAAACAGAGGUGGCACAUUACAUGGAGGUUUGACAGCCACACUUGUGGAUGUGGUGUCAACAGCAGCGUUGCUGUACACAGAAAGAGCAGUGCCUGGGGUCAGCGUGGACAUGAACAUCACAUAUACUUCUGCUGCUAAGAUUGGAGAAGAAAUACUGAUUACAGCUCAGAUUUUGAAGCAAGGAAGAAAUCUUGCAUUUGCCAGCGUGGAUUUGACAAAUAAAGCAUCAGGAAAGUUAAUUGCACAAGGUAGACACACAAAGUAUCUAGGAAAUUAAUAUAAGAAAGUAAUUUAAAAAAUGAUGAUGUUGGGCUUAAGAAUCCCAUAUAGAACUAUUUUCUCAUUUAUGCAAUAAGACAUCAUCUGCACAAAGCUGUCUAUAUAAAGUGAAUUAGCCUCACUCCUAUAAUUAAACAAACAAAUUUAUUAACUACCAUCAAAAUUGCUACAAGCCU